AGCGGGGCCAUAUAAAGAGCAACAGAACACAAGCCAGGCUUUAUCCUGCUCGACUGUCCCGCUCACUUAGACCUCACAGGAAACUCCCAGCUCCCUCGGCCCUCACACGCUUGCUCAUUAUCACUUACCACACUUUUACUCUCGCACAGUCCCACCGGCUGCGCUGAAGCUGACCAGAGAGGAUGGCUGCAUCCAUGUGGAGAAUGAAUGGGCUCUGGAGGAGGAUGGCUGGAGUUCUGCUGCUCUGCGCUCUAUUGCUCAGCAAUGAGGUGAUGUGUCAAGACAGUCCACCGACAGAUGCACCUACUACAGCUGGAGAUUACAGCGCUGUAACAGCUGCUGCGGACUCUGGUGCAGCUCCAGGCCCCACCUCUGCCCCAGGUGCGGACGCUACUGCGAGUGCUGCUGCAGGUGGAGUCUCUGCUGCUUCUGCUACUCCUGAACAUAUUACAGUCCCAGCAUCCCUUUCUGACCUUCUAGUUCAUAAUAGCCAUGAUGCAGGCAGCUCAGUCACCACUGCUGCCCCCGUUGGCAUAGACACCAAGGUCCCAGUUGUCAUCCGCCUUGUUGUGCCUGAGGUGACGUGUGUUGGAGAGUCGGAAAUUCCAGAAGGUUCUUCUGUCAAGGCUGAGUUAGCAACAACUGAUUGUGAAGCAACUAAACGCAUUCUUCAGGACAACCCUGCAGCUUGGUGCUCCAAGGAUGAAUGUAAACUAAAAAUCUUCCAAAAGGACAACGAGGUGCAGGUGGCCAGUGAUGACGCUAACCUGGCUACUUUGGCUGGAGCACUCGGCAGUGAACAUGUGAAAGAAAAGCUGGGAGCGACAAAGAUUCAGGGCCCGAAAUCAGAAUCAUCAUCAUCAGUAUUUGUUGGAAUACUGGUCACCGGUCUGCUCGCCGCUCUUGCCAUCGCCAUUGGUUACUUCAAAUGCCAACGCAGGCCUGACGCCAAAGGAGUGAGGCUGGCUGAGGAGACCUAUCCAGCAGAUCAGGAGAACCAGGGAAACACUCUUGUGUCCGUGGCCCCCCUCAACCCCCCUCCGGAAACCCCGGAGAAGCCCAGCGCAAAUGGAGAGUCCCCUGAGGCAGACAAGACCCAGCCUCCUCCUCCCACCAACGGCACCUCCACCACCAAGACGGCAGACACCGAGCUGUGAAAUAGUCUACAAAUAAUUGCAGCCCAGAAACUACCCCCGCAAACACACCCAUCCACACACACAUAUACACACAUGCCUAUGCAAACUCCCCCUUUCUGAAUCCACUCCUGCCCAACCAGAGAGUCCACAGCAAAGUGGACAUCAGGGACUAGAACAAUUUCCUACAUCAACGCUCCUCUUGUUAAAGUCCCCUUGCCUCCCUCUUUGGCUUCGUGCCUCAACAAACAUCAGGAAGACUAGUCUGACGAUGAUGAUGGUGGCGGUGAUGAAUGAUGCUGAUGACGACGAAGGCUCAGUCCCUGGGUUGUUGACGGCAGUCAGGCUGGAGACGGGCGAAGGGCAGUACUGGGUGGGAAGAGAGUGUAUUUCAGCAUUAGUCAGCACUGGUUCCCAUGAUGACUGCAGCCUCUGGAGUCACAGCCCCGCGCUGGCAACACACAGCAGGGUCUCUGCAUGUCAUCAGGUUCAAAGCUCCCACCAACCCUCCGCUAGUAAACACGACACAACAAAAUCGUUCCUUAGUUUAUUGUAAAGCCACGACAGACGGAGAGGAAAUAAAUCACACUGCCUUGAAAUCUGUUUACAAACUCAGAGAGAAAAUCCGUUGGGCUCUGAUCUUGUUUGUCUGAUUGAGUUACUGAUUGCUGCGCGAAUGUGUGUGCUGCUUUCCCGCAUGUGUGUGUUAACGUAUACUUGUAUCUGUACUGUGCAUGGACUGUGUGUAUGUCCAUACAUGCAUCUAAGCUUCCCUUGCUUACUGUAUGUAUACGUCGUUGAGGACAAGUAUUAGGCGUUUGAUCGAGUACGUGAGUGAAUGGUGCGUCUGAACGUGCAUGUGACAUUAGCCGUGAACAGUGUACAAUUUUUGUAAAAAAAAAACAAAAAUAA